UCCUCUGUUUCUCCUAAAGAAAAACAAACAAAGUAAAAGGAGAAAAAACAAUGAAAUUUCUGCUUUACCUAAUUACGUGCUUUCUCCUCUUAAACGUUUUAGCAACAGCAAAAUCUCUCAUUCAAGAUUCUUGCAAGAAAGCAGCAGCGAAAAACCGAAAGCUCAAACUCGAUUUCUGCCUCAAGUCUCUCGAAGGGUGUCGGCAGUGCAAAACCGCUAAAAAUCUCGGCGAACUAGUCAUGGCGACGAUGAAGAACGCUGAGACAAAAACGAAGAGAGUGCAUGCACAGAUGAAGAAGGAUUUUGACGCGAAGAAAUAUCCCAAGGACAAUGACAUGCUGGUAAUGGAGUGUCUCAGCGAUUAUUCAGGAACUGCUCAGAUAUUGGACAUAGCUAUGGAAACCUUUGAAGAUCAUGAUUACAAAGACCUUAUCUCUCGUAUGAAUCUUGGAAUGGAAAGCUUGGAUGCUUGCGAUGAAGGAUACAAAGAAAGAUCAACGCCUCAGAUAUCUCCGUUUAUAAAAAGCAACGAGUUUUUAACUCAUUUGAUUGAGAUUCCUAUAGCUUUUACAGAGAUGUUGAAAAGAAAAUAAUUAAUUAAGACAUGGAUUAAAGAUUAUACUCUGUGGUACGGUAAGUUAAGAUUAACUGGGUUGCUCAAUAAUGUACGUAGCCUCUAGGCCUUUUUAAAGUCUUGAAUAGAGAAUUAUUAUCUGCAUGG